AUGUCACGUAGAUCAAGAUGUGAGACGUGCAAAGAGAAAUGCGGUAAAUUGAAAAUCGACGUGGAAACGUUGCGCAAGCUCCAAAUCCUCUACAGGAAACUGCUGAAAUGCUGGCCCGAUUCGCCCCUCAUACCCUACCUACCGUACAAAAUAUUCGACGAGAUCAAAUUCAGAUCCACCAUGUACAACAAGAGCCUCUACGACGUCAUCCAAGCCGGUCUCGAAUACCACGACCAGGUGGGCAUCUACGCCUGCGAUCCGGACGCCUACAACGCCUUCGAUUUGAUGUUCAACAACUUCCUAAACAUCGAAUACGGCUUCAACAGGGCAGAGGGCCAUCCCGAGAGGGAUUUCGGCGAGGAGCCGAGAGGAAUCGGCGAACUGGACCCCGUCUACGUAAUGUCCACCAGGAUCCGAAUCAGCCGAGCCCUCAAAGGCAUACCCUUCAAUCCGGCGCUCAAAAAGGACGCCUAUCCGAAGAUCGAAAUGAAAAUCGAAGGCGCCUUGAGCCGGCUAACGGGCGACCUGGCCGGCACCUACGUCAAACUAAACGAAAUAGACGAGGCCGAUAUGAAGAAGCUGAGAAAAGAACACAUCCUCCCCCAACCCAUGGACGACGUGCAAAAGUUCGGCAAAAUGAACGAAUUCUACCCGGAGGGCCGCGGCUAUUUCGUCAACGACAGCAGAACGUUCGUGGUGUGGGCCAACGAAAAGGACCACGUGCGCAUUAUAUCGAUGCAGAAGGACGGCAACCUGCGCGAGGUGUACGAGCGCGCGAUCGACGCGCUCGAGCAGUUCGACGAUUUGCUCAGUUUCUCUAGGCACGAGCAGUUGGGCUAUCUGUCGACGAACCCGGCCAGCCUGGGCACCGGCCUCAAGUGCUCGGUGCACAUGAAGCUGCCCAAGCUGGGCAGGGUGAAGGAGGCGCUGGCGAAGGCGGCCGAAGUGAACAACUUGACUCUCAAGGGUAUCGAUUGCGAUUACAUGAAGGUCAAAUCGGGCCGGUUCGAUUUGUCCAGCAGGCAGACCAUCGGCUUGACGGAGUACGAGAUAGUCAGGGCGUUUUACUCGUCGGUGAGGGGAAUGAUCGCCGCUGAGAAGGCUUUCGUCGCGCCCCGCAAAUGCGAGGACAAAUGCGGCAAGGGCAAAGCCCAUCCGGACGUCGUGCAAACCCUAACGUGCAAAUACGAAUCGUUCCUAUGCUCCGACUCCAAAUCGCUCCUAAAAAAAUACCUAACGCCCGAAGUGUUCGAUAAUCUCAAAUGGAAGAAAACCCAAUACAAAAUGACCCUGUUGGACUGCGUCCAAACCGGCCUCGAGAAUCCCGACUCGUCGUGCGGCCUGUACGCCGCCUGUCCCGAAAGCUACGACCUCUUCGGCGAUCUCUUCGAUCCCGUCAUCGAGGACUACCACGGCUUCCCGAAGAGCGCCAGCCAUCCGCCGCAGGACUGGGGCGAAUCCGGCCAGCUGGACAACGUCGAUCCCGAAGGUAAAUACGUGAUAUCGACGAGAGUGCGAACGGCGCGAUCGAUCAAAUGCUACCCGUUCAAUCCCGGCAUGAGCGAGGCCCAAUACAAGGAGAUCGAGGCGAAGGUCAGUUGCGCGCUGUGCUCGCUCACCGGCGAUCUGCGCGGCAUCUACACCCCCCUCACCGAGAUGACCGACGAGGAAAUCGACCAACUCAUCGACGAUCACAUACUGUUCAAAGGCGGCGAUCGGUUCUUGGAAUCGGCCAACGCCUAUCGGUUCUGGCCCAAGCACCGCGGCGUCUUCCUCAACCGCAACCGCACGUUCAUCGUGUGGGUGAACGAAGAGGACCACAUGCGCAUCAUAUCGCUCGAACAAGGAGCCGACGUUGCCAAAGUGUACGAACGGCUGGCGACCGCCGUCAAGGAGCUGGACAAGAAAUUGGAGUUCACCAGACACGAUCGAUACGGCUAUUUGAGCAUGUGCCCCACCAACAUCGGCACCGGCAUCAGGGCCUCGGUGCACAUCAAGUUGCCCAAGCUGUCCAACGACGAGGCCAAGUUGAAGGAGAUCGCCAAUCGAUUGAAUUUGCAAAUCAGAGGCAGCGGCGGAGAGCACACCGAAUCCAAGGAAGGCAUCAUGGAUAUAUCCAACAGACGGCGAUUGGGCGUCGCCGAAAAGGACAUCAUCAAAGAAAUGUUUACGGGAAUCAAAGAACUCAUCGAGCAAGAGGAGAAAUCAUAA